AUGCUUCCUAUAGCAUAUGCUGUGGUGGAAAGUGAAAAUAAGGAUAGCUGGACUUGGUUUUUGGAGUUGUUGAUUGCUGACUUAGGAGGUGCUAAUGAGUGUUUAACCUACACUUUCAUUUCAGACCAACAAAAGGGGCUAUUACCUGCAAUGGAUGAGUUGUUGCCCAAUGUGGAACAAAGAUUUUGUGUUAGACACUUGUACAAUAAUUUUAGGAAAAGAUUUCCUGGAAAGAUGUUGAGGGAAGUUAUCUGGAAGGCAACAAAGUCAACAUAUGCUCAAGCUUGGGAAAGAGAGAUGAAAAGAAUGAGACUGGCCAAUGAAGAAGCAUAUCUCCAUAUGAUGAAGACUCCACCAAGGUUUUGGAGUAAAUCCUAUUUUAGGACAACCAACAAAUGUGAUGCUGUGCUCAACAACAUGUCUGAGUCAUUUAAUAGUGUAAUUCUUGACUCUAGAGGAAAACCACUUGUGACAAUGCUUGAAGAGAUCAGAACUUACCUCAUGGAGAGAUGGGCAAAAAACAGAAUGAGGUUCCAAGAUGUAUCUGGUAAUGAGAUUUUACCCAACAUUAGAAAGAAACUGGAAAUAACUAGCAAUUUUACCAACAUGUGGCUUGUAAGAAUGGAAGAUGAGCAUAUAUUUGAAGUGAGGCAUUUGGAAAACCCAGCUGAGACAUUCAGUGUGAAUCUGAAGGAUUUGCGCUGCUCAUGUAGAAGAUGGGAGCUAACAAGUCUCCCUUGUAUCCAUGCAAUGGCAUCCAUGAAGAGUAGGAAUUUUAAGGUUGAUGAUUACAUUCCUGACUACUAUAGGGUUUCUGCUUACAAGGCAGUAUACAAGCAUGUUCUCUAUCCGGUGAAUGGGUCUAAUUUGUGGGUCAGGACUCCAUAUCCAGAUGUUCAGCCACCUAAGUAUAGGAAGAUGCCUGGUAGACCAAAGAAGAGAAGAAAUCUUGAGCAAGGAGAGAUUGAUGGGAGUGACAAAAAGAUGAGAAGGACAGGUUUUAUUAUUAAGUGUUCUAGGUGCAAGAAGGUUGGCCAUAACAAGUUAACUUGCAAGGUGACACCACCAGCUCAGCCAAGUCAAGCAACAGUUAUUGAUGCAUCUCAGCCAAGUCAAGCAACAGUUACAAAUACAAGUCAGCCAAGUCAAGCAACAGUUACUAAUACAAGUCAGCCAACUAGUACCCAGGUGCCUACAACUCAGUCCUCAUCAUCUACACAGGCUUACAUGAGUGCAACACAAUCUUCUAGAGGAAAGCAAGUGAAAGGACAAUGUUCAAGGGGAAAUGCAGGUAACAACCAAUCUUCAAAAGUGGAUGGGAAGUUACAAAAGCUUGGUGUACGAAGGCCACUUGUAGCCCCAGGACCAACAACAAGAUUAUCUGCAGCAAAGAAUGUGAUUGGACCUACAACUAGAAGGACUACCCCAACAAAGAGGCUCCCAUCAAAGAAAAUUACUUAGUCUUACAAUUAGUUUUAAUGUAAUUUGAAUUCUGUUUGAACACUUAGGGUUAUGGUUAAUGUAUUUUGAAGUCAUUUUGAACAAUUAGGUUUGUUGUUUUGGUUUGGUUCAUUUUGAAUUCUGUUUUGGAGAAGUCUAUGUAACAUGUUAAUGGUAAACAUCAUGCUGGAGUUUGU